CUUCAAACCCUCCGAAGCCAACAGAUCAAAAUGCCUCUCUCAAAGGAAGACAGAGUUGUCAACACAGACAACAUUCAGGGCAGCAUCUGGCCCCGUCUACCUAAGACCUAUGAAUCCUAUCUGUUCUUCAAGAUCACCAAUAAGGAGAAGUUCAGGAACGACCUCCACGCCAUCAUUGACGAGAUCACCACUGGUUCUGAAUGCGAGAAAUACCUAACUUCUAUUGGAGAGCUUGAAGAAGCCAGCGUUAGCUGGCGCAAAGCCCACCCUGAACCAAAGCCUUUUGUGGCUGUGAACAUUGCCUUUACCCACCCAGGCUUGCUCAAGGUGGAACCGCCUGAAGUUCAAGAGAGAUUCGCCAAAAGAAAAGCAGACGAUCCAGACGCUUAUUGCACGGAGAGAAUCAACGAGGGUCUUUUUGAGAAGGGGAUGUUUCUGGACCUCACCACAGAAGGCGCCGAUUACUACGACCUAUUAGAUCAGGACUUCAAACCUCCCGACCGGGGCAAUGCAUCAAUCAAAGACGACACUGAGCGUUGGACCUGGAGGACAGAUGGUGUUUUUAUCGUCGCCGCACACAGUCCCAAGGCUCUGCACAACAAGAUCGGCGAUCUAAUGGAUGCCUUCCAUGCUGGUGAUGCUAACACUCGCAGUAUGAAGAUCGCUUUCAAGAGAGAUGGUCAGCUUCGUCCUGGUGACAGCCGUGGCAAGGAGCACUUCGGUUGGGAAGACCACAUCUCUCAGCCUAAGAUUCAAGGCUUGGAUAAACCCCCGGCCAAGGGCGAACCUCAUGCCUGUAAGCCAGGAUACAUCUUCCUCGGGCACAAAGGUGAUCCCAACUUGAGAAGACCAACCAAACCACCUGCCUGGGCCAAGGAGGGCAGUUUCUUCGUCUUUCGUCAGCUCGAUCAGAAAGUUCCUGAGUUCGAGAACUUCCUCCAGGAGACAGCACCCAAGAUUACCGGUAGCAACUAUCAGGGAGAAGGAGGCCCAGAAAAGCUGGGCGCUCAUCUCAUGGGACGAUGGAAAAGCGGUACGCCUGACCCUUCAACGUCUGAUCCACUGAUUUCAAGACAAGAGCUAACCCGUAGAAUAGGAGCCCCCGUCGCCAAGGCCGUCGACCGGGACGACCCAAGUCUGGCAUGGGACAAUAAAUUCGACUAUCGACCUAACAAGAGUAUCAAGGGUUGUCCAUUUUCAGCUCACACCCGUAAAAUGCGUCCCAGAUCCGAUGAGAAGGCGGCAGUCGGAACAGAAGAAGACGGUGACGAGACUCCACUUCCAGAGCCAGAAGAUAGCGACCAGUCCGAGGCCGAAGGACAAGAAGAGAGCCCUAAUGUUAUCCUUCGUCGGGGAAUCUCCUUCGGUCCUGAACUCACUGAUCAGGAAAAGAAGGAGAAGAAAACGAUUGAAUCUCGUGGUAUCCUCUUUACUUGCUACCAGAGUAUGAUUCGGGAUGGAUUCAACUUCCUCAUGACUCGCUGGGCGAGCAAUGAGAACUUCCCCAAAUAUAAGACCAAGACUUUCCCCCACGGCGUUGGCAUGGACGCCUUCGUUCACCAGAAGAACCGACCCGAUCAUCCCAAUGGUCACGUCGCUUUGUAUGAUGGAGACCACGAUGAUCGUACCGUCAAGGUUGAACUUGGUGUUCAACCGUGGGUUGAUCAGAAGGGUGGAGAGUACUUCUUCACGCCUUCCAUCCAGGCUUUGAAGGAGCAGUUUUCAACUGCUCCAGCGUAACCAUUUCACUAUAUUGCU